AUGGAUCUCGGCAACGACGUAGACCUGUCGAACAACAACAUCAUGCCCUUGUGGAAGCGCCAUACGGACAACCACAGAAGCCUGCAGGACUCAAGAAAGCCACGGCCGCGAAGCUACCAUACCAACGGGGUCAUGAUGACGGACUUUCCUUCGGAGGACAACAAGCGCACUUUCACCUUGAGCCAACCGGCUGAAAAACUGGUGCUUACAUCUCAGUGUGUGGCUAAGAACACUGCUGUGCUGAAGCACGUUUUACACAAACCUUCAAAAAAGUCCAGGGUUGUUCGGAGUAUUAGCAUCGGACACAUCUCCAAUGGGCGCUUCUCCUUGUCUAAAUUCAAAUCUGAUUGUAGCAGAUCACCUUCGCUGGACAGCAGAACGAGUAAUGGAGAGUACUACUCAAGAACUGACAGCAACAUAGUGACAGUUUGGCCCGAGAAGUGUGUCCGUUCCCCUCAGGCACUCAUUUCCAGUGUGUUUAGUCUAAACUUACCUAAGGAAAAGAGCCCUUCAUAUCAUAAUUUAUCUUCACCUGAGACAGUUCCACCUGCAAACAAUAACAGUCUUGAACUGUCGUUUUCUUCUCCGUCAAGCCCGUAUCCUCCUUCUAGACGGACUCCUUCCCACAGCUCCACAUCGAGCAUCCCCUCACUUUCCUCCCUCACCUCGUCGGACCCGCCGACACCACGCUCCUCCUCGCCGGCUGAUAGCCGGCCGCCACUCCCUGGACAGUUGUCUUCCUCACCUGCUCUCUCGCAAGAUGCCAGGAAUGGUUCAUCUUCCCCCUCUCCUUCCCUUUCCCCGUGUAUCUCACCAACACCCUCUAUUGUCCUUAGCACCAACAGCCCCGCUGCCCUGAAGAUGGGCACCCAUCAGCUCAUCCCCAAGGGUUUAGCCUCAGGUAUCCGGCAGAGCAAGACCCCCACAUCUGGGCCACAAGGCCAAGGGUCAGGGCUGCUGGGGUUGGAUGCUCCCAAGCGCUUAAAAACAUGCAGCAUGGUGGAGACAGGGCCCUACUUUUCCACGGGAGGGGGUCACGGCGAGGGGACAGAUGGAAAUGAAAGCCCGGGGACCCUAAGGAGAGGGCUGAGGAGUACAUCUUACCGUAGGGCUGUUGUCACAGGCGUCGAUCUUGAGGCCCAGGCGCUUUCCAUGAAGGGAUUAGAGAGUGAUAAUAAAACUACCAUAACCAACCCAGGCAGUCCUUGCGUUUUAAAGCCCACCAGCCCGGGUGCACUGAAGCCUGACAGCCCUACAACUCCUACUGGAACAGGAAAGAGUAAGCCUGACAAGAAAAACAUUCUGACCCCUCAACGCACCUUUGACAGCGAAGAGGAAGAACUGUACCAGAACUAUCAGGAAAAGGCAUUACAUAACGAUUCGGAUGAGGACGCCGAUUCCAGAGCUCAAACCGAUAGCAUCGUGCUGCAAUACAGACCUAUCAGAACGUCCUGGAGCCAGCUUUCUGUGGUCAAGAAAAGCGGUCUGUUUGAUCAGAUGAGCCAGGAAGAACGGAAAAGACAAGAGGCCAUCUUCGAAGUGAUCUCCUCUGAGCACUCCUACCUCCACAGUCUAGAGAUCCUGAUACGGAUGUUUAAAAACUCGCCAGAGCUCAGGGAGGCCAUGACCAAGACAGAACACCAUCACCUCUUCUCCAACAUCGCCGACGUCUGUGAGGCAAGCAAAAAGUUCUUUAAGCAACUAGAGGAGAAACACCAGCACAAUAUUGUGAUCGACAGCAUCAGUGACAUCGUUUGUAAACACGCUGAAUCCAACUUUGAUCCCUACGUGACGUAUUGUUCCAACGAGGUCUACCAGCAGAGAACCCUGCAGAGGCUCCUGUCCAAGAAUCCUGUUUUUAAGGAGGUGCUGAGCAGGAUCGAGGGCCACCCGGACUGCAGGAACCUCCCCAUGAUCUCCUUCCUCAUUCUGCCCAUGCAGAGGGUCACGCGGUUGCCCUUGCUCAUGGACACAAUUUGCCAGAAGACUCCUAAAGACUCGGCACCGUAUGAAGAAUGUAAAAAGGCUUUACAUGCCGUCAGCAAGGUGGUUAGAAAAUGCAAUGAGGGCGCACGUACCAUGGAGAGAACUGAGAUGAUGUAUACCAUCAAUUCCCAGCUGGACUUUAAGAUCAAGCCUUUCCCGCUGGUUUCAUCAUCACGGUGGAUGGUGAAAAGAGGCGAGCUGACAGCCUUCGUAGAGGACAACGGCCUCUUCCUAAAGCGGACGUCGCGACAUCAGGUCUACUUUUUCCUCUUUAACGACGUCCUCAUCGUCACCCGAAAGAAGAGCGAGGAGAGCUACACUGUCAUCGACUACGCCCUGAGGGAUGAGAUCUGGGUUGGCUCAAGCCAACCUGAGGAGGUCAACCUGUCACCCGUUCGUGGAACCGCCGGCAUGCUAAGCUCACGCCAAACUGGCGCCAACCACCUCUUCCGACUGCAUUUCCUGAGCAAUCACUCUGGCGAAAAGGUGCCCAUGAUCUUGGGGACGGAGCUACUAAAUGAGCGUGCCCGGUGGAUCAGUGCCCUGGGCCACAAUGUCAACAAAGAGAAGAGUCAGGACAGGACGAAUGCAACUCAGGUUGAGGUGAUACGAACCUACACAGCUAAGCAGCCAGACGAAUUGUCACUGCAGGUGGCUGAUGUGGUGCUUGUCUCUCAGACAGUAGAAGAUGGCUGGUACGAGGGCGAGCGUCUGCGUGACGGUGAGCGCGGCUGGUUCCUGGCAGAGUGUGCAGAGCCAAUCACGUGUCAGGCCACCAUUGAGCGCAAUGUGCAGAGGAUGGACCGCCUGCAGGGCCUUGAGACAAAUGUUUGA